GGCCGCGGAAGAUGCCCACCUUCUGCUCCUAGGAUCCUUGCGGAGAAGAGUGAGUCUGAGGCCAGUGGAUGAACUGACAGAAGAUAAAAGAUUCCAAAAAAGGAUGCGUGAGAGGGCCACACAGAACUGGAGCACGGGCGGCUGGCUGCUGGCACUUGGCCUGGUCUGGCUGUGGACCCACCUGGCCUCGGCUUCCUUGCAGCCUCCAACUCCUACAGUCCCCGUGAAGCAGGGCACCUGCAAGGUGAUUGCCGCUCACCGCUGCUGUAACCGAAACCGCAUCGAGGAGCGCUCCCAGACUGUCAAAUGCUCUUGCUUCUCUGGCCAGGUGGCCGGCACCACCCGGGCAAAGCCCUCCUGCGUGGACGCCUCCAUCGUCCUGCAGAAGUGGUGGUGCCAGAUGGAGCCCUGCCUGCUGGGCGAGGAGUGUAAAGUGCUCCCGGACCUCUCGGGAUGGAGCUGCAGCACCGGACACAAAGUCAAAACCACCAAGGUCACACGAUAGCUCUUGGGGUCAUGACCUGACAGCUUGAUUGAGCCACGCACUGGAGAAUGGUGUCCAGUUAUCAGCUGGCAAAUAUGGAGAUUCACUUCCCUGGACCCACACCCUGUGCAAAGUGCAGCAGCACUCUUUCCAGAGGUAUUGCAGUUAAGCUUCUCAGCAGAUUUGUCCUCAUAUCUCCAGGCCAAUCUCUAGCCACAUACCUGUGGUGCUGGGCUCUCCCUGGGGGACACAGAAGAAGGUCAAGAUAGAAUCCCUACCCUUAAGGAAUGUUCAGUCAAGUUGAAGAGCUGAUGAAAGGCAAUCUAGGUAAU